AUGCGGUCGAUUUUAGGUGCGGCGGCCCUUGUCUUCGCCGCUGCCGUCUCGGCCAUCAGCACCGCUGGGAAUCGCUUGCUGGUUGUGCUUGAUGACGUGUCGGACAAGGACAAGUAUAGCCGAUUCUUUGGUGAUUUGAAAGCCCUCGGACCCAACUUGACGCCCAACAUCCUCGUCGACUUCGUCAACGCCAACGGCAACAUACUCGUUGCUCUGUCCUCCGCCAGGCCAACACCUUGGUCAUUGACUUCCCUCCUGACCGAGGUUGGCAUUGCGCUCCCCCCUGAACGCACCGGCACCGUCGUCGACCAUUUCAACUACGACACUCUCUCUGCCCCCGAGGCGCACGACGUCUUGGUCCUCGAUGCGCCCUCCAGCGUCCGCCCCGGUCUGAAGAAUUACUUCGAGGUGCCUGGUGUUCUGUCCUUUCCCCAUGGUGUCGGACACGCGCUUGGCCCCGGUGCGCUCUUGACGCCUGUGAUUCGUGCCCCGUCCACUGCGUACAGCUACAACCCCAAGGAGCAGCCCGACGCCGUUGACCCCGAAGAUCUCUUCGCCGCGGGCAAGCAGCUUGCGUUGGUCUCUGUCUUCCAGGCGCGGAACUCGGCUAGAGUUGCGGUUGUCGGGUCCGCCGAGAUGCUGCAGGACACGUGGCUGGAUGCCACUGUUUCCCGGCCAGGGGGCCGCAAGGUCAGGACUGAGAAUCGCGAGUUUGCCAAGAGGCUUUCCGGCUGGACGUUCCAGGAAAUCGGCGUCUUGCGUGUGAAUAGCAUCGAGCAUCAUCUCAAGGGAGAUAACCAGACGAACCCCCACAUCUACCGCAUCAAGAACGACGUGUCCUAUAGCAUCUCCAUUUCGGAAUAUUCCUGGGACAAAUGGGAGCCAUACACCCUCCCGGCCAACGACGCGCUCCAGCUCGAGUUCUCCAUGCUCUCCCCCUUCUAUCGGCUUGAUCUCAAGCCCGUCCGCGUCGGCGACGCCGCCACCGUCUACGGCGCCAGCUUCAAGCUCCCUGACCAGCAUGGCAUCUUCAACUUCAAGAUCAACUACAAGCGGCCGUUCCUGACGUACGUCGAGGAGAAGAACACGGUCAGCGUGCGCCACAUUGCCCACGACGAGUGGCCUCGAAGUUACGUCAUCUCAGGGGCGUGGCCCUGGAUCUCAGGUAUUGGAGCUACGGUGGGCGGCUUUGUGGGUUUCUGUGCAAUCUGGAUGUAUAGCAAGCCAGUGGAAGGCAAUAAAAAGACCAAGUAG